UAAAAAAAACAGUUAAAAACAUUUUUUAAUCUGUGUAUAGAAUUUGUUGUUUUUUUUUUUUCUAAUUUUUGUAAAUAUAAAUAAAUAAAUCAAAUCGGAUAUUUGUAAUUCUAAAUGUACUCAACGUUCAUCAAUCAAGUUAAUAAAAAAACAAAUCAAUUAAAAUGUCACGUGAAAUAUUAUUAAAAGAUAUAACAAAAUCAAUUGAAGAAUGUAAUGCAAUUUAUUAUCCAUCUUACCGGACAGCAGCAAAAUUUCUAAUAUUACACAAAGCAUUAAAUAUGCAUUGUGUACAUUUAAAAUUAAUCAUUGAAAUAUUUGAGCGUCAUAGAUUAUCAGUUACUGAAAAUUCAGUGACACUUGAUGAUACUGAAAUUGAAGAUGUCAUAAAUGAUAUUUAUUUUGCUGCACAAAAAGAUAAUAAUAAUGCUGAUUUUGAUGUUGAUAAAACAACAAAAUUAACUGUUAAUUUUAUUUUAAAUACAUUUGACAAUAAACGUCGUGGUAAAGCACUUGUAUUUUCAGUUAAAGUAUUUUUAACAUUAUUAUGCUGUGGUAAAUUACAAGAUAAAUACGAAUAUUUAUAUAGAUUACUUGCUGAUCAUAAUGCAUGUUUAUCAAAAGCAAGUUUACAUAUGUUAUUAUCAAAUAUAUGUAAUAUUACUGAAACAAUUGGUGAAAAUGUUGCAUAUGGUAGUCAUUAUAUACAAUCAAGUAUUGAAAAUUGUUUUAUUGAAUCACAAGGUUGUCUUGGUGUUAGUGAAACAGAAUUUGGUAUUUGGUUAAUGCAAGAUCCACAAUUAUUUAAUUGGAUAUCAACAUUUAAUAGUCUUAAAUUAGCUGAAAAAAUUAUUCAUAAUGUUAAAUGUUCAACUUGUAAAACAACACCAAUACAUGGGCCAUGUUUUUCAUGUGUUAGAUGUACAAAAUAUCAUCAAUGUCAAGCAUGUUUUUUUCAUGGUAAAAUAUCAAAUAAACAUAAGCUAAAACAUCCAGUACGUGAAUAUUUUAAUAAAACAACAAAUCGUGAAGUUAAAAAAAUUAUUGUUGAAUUAAUUAGAAAUAAAUUACGUAUUUGUCCAACACAUGUUGAUACAUUACGUGCUGAAUCAUUAUUACCAAAUCCAACUGAAGAUGAAGCACGACAAAUUGAUGCUGUAUCAUUACGUGGUACAAUAAAAAGAAAAAUAUUAUCUGAUCCACAAAAAGAACUUCAAAGUAUUAUUAAUCAUUUGGAAGAUGAAAAUCGUCAAUUACAAGUUGAAAUACAAGAAAUAUGUGGUAGUAGAGCUGAUAGAUUACAACGACAUAGAGCAACUGUUGAAUCACAAUUACAACGUUUAAAAAUUCUUAAAAAAUAUUUAUUUAAUGGACAACAAAUUGCUCUUGCACAAACAGUUAAUAGAGUACAAAGUACACCAAUGCUUCGUCCAAUAGCAGCUAAAUAUCCAAACUUUGCAUUGCCUGAAUUUGAAUUAAGUCCAAUUGGACGACAAAUUAAUACAAAUAAAACAAAUAUACAAUCACGUGGUGAUACAUGCAAUAUGACCAAAGAUAAAUCAAAAUUAUACACAAAUACUUUUGGAAAUUCUAAUGAUAAUAAUGAUGAUGAUGAUGAUGAUGAUGAUGAUGAUGAUGAUCAACAAUAUUCAACAAAUUUGUAUAGUUAUCCAAAAACAUCAGAACAAACGAAAAUUGAAUUAAGCACAUGGAUUGGUGAAAAUAAAACAAGUCUUGAAAAAAUUGAAAGUGGUUUUUCACAAUGGCUUGAUACAAAUAAUGUAGGACUGCCAAAAGAUUUACCAUCAUCAUUACAACGGUUUGAUAAACAUUCACAACAUAGUAGUUUACAAAAUAUACAAGGUGAUUUGAAUGAAAUUUUAAGUCGUCUUCAGCAUAUGGUUGCUAAUGAUUGUCUUUUAGAAGAAUCAUUUACCGCAAACGACAAUUGUGAACUAAAACGAGCCGCAACGGAAAUGGAGGACUUGUUAACUGGUCUUAUUGAAGGAAUGGAAUCACGUAUCGAUAAACUAGCCACAAUAGUAUAAAAAUAAUAAUAAACUAAUGACAAUAUAUUCUAUUUUUAAAUUUUAAAAUAAUAAUUUUUUCUAUUUUUAAUACUUUUUUAUACAAA